UGUCUUGUUGCAGAAACAAGGAAAGGGAAAGUAACUUUGACAACUUUUUGAAAUUCGUCUGGGGACUACACUAGGGAAUCUUUCUGAAUCUUUUAACUCACUCACAAGAUUUUGACAAGAAAAGAGUCUUCUGCUGCUCCAAAAAGAUGAUGAGCGCGUUUCAACUAGAUCUCAGCCCUUUGAAAGAACCACUGGGAUUCAUGCGUGUAUUAGAAUGGAUAUUCGCCAUUUUUGCUUUUGCUACAACUAGUGGUUAUUCAGGCUCUGCCAGUUUCAACAUCCUGUGCAAUGAAAACGUUACCAGCCAAGAAAUAAAUGCAUCCUUCAGCUACCCUUUUAGGCUCAAUACCUACAGUUACCAAGUCCCAACCUGCGAACAGAGUGGAACGAAGGUUAAAACCAUGUAUCUGACUGGAGAUUGUUCAUCUUCAGCUGAGUUCUUUGUAGCUGUUGGAGUUCUGGCUUUCCUGUACAGCACAGCUACUCUUGUAUUGUAUCUUGGUUACCAACACCUCUACCGCGAAUCUCCUCGCGGCCCCAGCAUUGAUCUACUGUUAACUGGGAUCUUCACGUUUCUCUGGCUGGUGUGUUCAUCUGCCUGGGGAAAAGGCCUCACUGAUGUGAAAGGGGCAACCAGUCCAAAUACACUUGUGUCCUUAGCAACUAAAAUGUGUAUAAUAGCAUUAAACUGCACUGCUGGGCACACCCCCCUAAUGGGCCGCCUCAAUUCCUCAGUGAUCUUUGGAUUCCUCAACUGUAUCCUUUGGGGAGGAAACUGCUGGUUCCUUUACAAGGAGACACCAUUACACAAAUCAGCCAAUCAGCAAGAGGGAGCAGGACAGCCAUAAUUAAACAUCAGGUCAUAUCCACAUUCAUCAAGCAGGUGUUAAAGUGCAGUAUUAAAGUGGUGCUACAUACCACCACGGUCGAGUGAUGUUAUGGAUCUUCCUGACGUGACCUGUGUCACAAACGCACACCAAAGGUAUAUCUUCAAUAUAUUCAAAUAUUUGCAUAAUAAUGCAUAAUAUUUAGAGAAGGUACAAGGGCCCCUUAUCAUAAGCCUGUUUGUAAGAAGUAAACUGCAUCUUUAAAAUGUUACAUUUAAUUUCUUUACUGUUAAAUUUCUAUAUCAAACUUGUUACAUAAACAAAAUGUAUGGAAUGUUUUUGACUCCUGUUCAUUGACAUAUUUUGAAUUGAAUAUAUAACUUGAAUUCUGAAGUUGUUUUGAUGUUCCCUUUUACAACAAUUGACGAUGCAUGAGUACUACAUGAGUACCAUGGUGCUGUUGUGUUUGAGUUCAUCUCAUUUUUCAAUGUACUCAUAAUUUUUAAAUUGUUCUUUUAUUAAUUUAACUGUGUGCCUUAUAACUUAGCAUAUAUUAAGAAAUGUUUACAUGAAACCAGGGAAGACUGUUCCUAAAAACGAAUUGAAGAAUUGUUUUGUUUGUGUUUAACAAAGAUAGAGGCUUUUAUAAAUAAAUAAAAAAUCUUGUUUUGCUAUUA